AUGCCGCCAAAUCCGCUGAGAGGCGUGCAAGCGUUUGUCUUCGACGUCUUUGGCACAGUGGUCGAUUGGCGCAGCAGCGUCGCGGCGGAACUGGGCCGACACGCCAAGGAUGGUGUAGACGGCAAUUGGGAGGCAUUCGCGGAGGAGUGGAGACAGGGGUAUUAUAGAUUGACCGGACAGGUUGCGAGAGGCGGUCCCGGACCAUCGAACGUCGAUGAGAUGCAUCGCCAAAUCUUGGACUCCAUGCUGCAGACACCCCGCUGGGCGCACCUCGCGCCGCUCUGGGACGGCGUCGAGCGCGCGGAGCUGGUUAUGGCCUGGCACCGAACCAAGGGAUGGCCGGACACGACUGCAGGCCUGUACGCAUUGAAGAAGCAUGCCAUCAUCGGCACGUUGUCCAACGGAAAUGUUCGCCUGCUCGUCGACAUGGCCAAGUACGCGGACCUUCCUUGGGACGUCAUAUUCUCCGGCGAGCUCCUCGGCUCCUACAAACCAAACCCCAAGAUGUACCUCGGCGCGCUCCACCACCUGUCCCUGGAGCCACACCAAUGCGCGAUGGUCGCCGCACACAUAUACGAUCUCCGCGCGGCGGCGAGCCACGGGAUGAAGACGGUGUUCGUGCGCCGCCCGCGGGAGCCAGACAGCCCGCCGGACGUGCGGACGAAAGCGGAGGGCGGCGAGGUGGACGUGGUGGCGGGGUCGUUCACGGAGGUGGCGGACAUAUUAGCGGAGGCGAGGAAGGAAGAGGCGGACAAGCAAGUAUGGCAGUGA